GAGAUGGUCACACUGAACAAAAGUCAAUACAUUCUAAAAUUGUCAAUAGGCCAAAUACCUACCAAUUUGGUUCAUUGUUUUGUAGGUAGUGAAUAUUGUGUUAUCCCUAACUUAAUUUAAUUUAAGCAGUUUUAAAUACUUAAAACAGUUUUCUGGUGAAGGAAAUACAAUAAACUUCCACACUGCCUACAUAACCUUAAUCCGAGAUGUCGGUCACGAACAUAGAUUCUGUUGAUAAUUUCAUCAAUUUUGUAAAGUCACCCGCUUUAUCAGUUGUGCAUUUUUCUGCUGAGUGGGCAGAACAGUGCAGUCAGGUGACUGAAGUGCUCAAAGAGUUGGCAAAACUAUCUGAAGCCCAAUCCAGUGGGAGUAAAUUUGGUGUAUGUGAUGCUGAAAAUCUUUCAGAAAUCUCAUUGAAAUAUAAGGUAGAUUCAGUACCAACAGUAAUAUUAUUUAAAAAUGGGGCACCAAUAGACAGAGUUGAUGGUGCAGAUGCUGCCCAAAUAACAUCUAAAGUUAAAGCCCAUAGUGGUGUUAGAGCAGAUCUGAACAAUGCAGCACCUCAACAGCCAUUGGAGGAAAGAUUGAAAGCUCUUAUCAACAAACAUAAUAUCAUGGUUUUUAUUAAAGGAACAAGAGAUGCUCCAAGAUGUGGAUUUAGUAAAACACUUGUUCAAAUACUUAAUGGAACUGGGUUGCAAUAUGACACUUUUGAUAUUUUAACUGAUGAAGAGGUUCGUCAAGGAUUGAAAACAUAUUCUGAUUGGCCAACGUACCCUCAGUUAUAUGUAAAGGGGGAACUAAUUGGAGGAUUAGAUAUAAUUAAAGAACUGCUAGCAAAUGGAGAACUUGAGUCUACUUUAAAUGCUUGAAAAAUGCUUAACAGUACAAUGUAGCUCAUUUUUUAUUUAUUUUAAUAAAGGUUUUUAAAUAAAAAUUUA